AUGGUGUUGUAUCAACCAUCCACAUUUACAACUAAUUUGGUUUCGAGUUUGCUGUUGCUUGGGUUGAUGCAGUUAUGUGUGAUUGAAUGUCGAAGACAUGUAUUGUCAGGGUCAGAAGUAACGUACCCUGCAAUUAACUGCCGAAAACAUACUGCAUUUUUGACAGAUUUUGGAGGUAAAGGUGACGGUGUAACAUCAAACACAGCAGUUUUCCAAAAUGCUGUUAAGAAUCUUAGUCAGUAUGGAGAUGACGGCGGUGCACAACUUAUUGUACCACCCGGAAAAUGGCUUACUGGUAGCUUCAAUCUCACUAGCCAUUUCACUUUGUUCAUCCAAUUCGGUGCAGUUAUUCUUGCUUCCCAGGAUGAAGGUGAUUAUCCGUUAGUUGAACCAUUGCCUUCGUAUGGUCAAGGAAGAGAUGGACCGGGAGGAAGGUUUAGCAGUCUCAUAGGUGGAUCACACCUUACUGAUGUUGUUAUCACAGGUGAUAAUGGCACGAUUGAUGGGCAAGGUUCGAUAUGGUGGACAAAGUUUCAUGAAAAGAAAUUAAAGAACACAAGGCCAUACCUUAUUGAGUUAACAUACUCAACGCAAAUCCAAAUAUCCAACCUCACUCUAAUUGACUCGCCAUCAUGGUUUGUUCAUCCAGUGUAUAGCAGUGAUAUUAUAAUUCAAGGUUUAACUAUUACUGCGCCCAUAGAUUCUCCUAAUACAGAUGGUAUCGAUCCAGACUCUUGUAAAAAUGUCAAAAUCCAGGAUGUGUAUGUGGUGUCCGGAGAUGACUGUAUAGCCGUGAAAAGUGGAUGGGAUGAAUAUGGCAUUAAAUUUGGGAUGCCAACAGAACAGAUGAUCAUAAGAAGGCUAACUUGCAUUUCACCUGAUAGUGCAGUGAUUGCACUUGGAAGUGAAAUGUCAGGUGGCAUAAAAGACAUUAGAGCUGAAGAUAUUAGCGCUAUCAAUUCUGAGUCUGGGAUCAGAAUUAAAACUGCUCCCGGAAGAGGAGCCUACAUUACAGACAUCUUUGUGGACGGAAUGAAUCUGCAAACAAUGAAGUACGUUUUUUGGACCACUGGGGCCUACGGUCAGCACCCUGAUCCUGGUUAUGACCCAGAGGCACUCCCAAAAGUUGAUAGGAUUAAUUAUAGAAAUGUGGUUGCUAAAAAUGUGACAAUGGCUGGAAAUAUGGGUGGGAUUGAGGGUGAUCCGUUCACUGGGUUUUGUCUUUCAAAUGUUACUAUUGGGUUGAGUGAGAAGCCAAAGAAAUUGCAAUGGAACUGUACAGAUAUAUCUGGUGUGUCAAGUAACGUGACACCUCAAAUAUGUGAGUUUUUGCCUGAUAAUGGAUCGACUAAGUGCGAUUAUCCAUCUGAGCCAGUCCCUAUCGAUACAGUUCAGUUGCAGACUUGUUCAUUUAGUACUAAAAGUCAAAUUAUGUAA